AUGUGCGGCAGAUACGCUUUGUCGCUGCGCCCAUCGGCAGUGCGCCGUAGAUUGCAAGACGAGAACAUGCCUGUCGACGACCCUGCCGACCUCGACGAUGACGACUCUCGCCAAACCUACAACUUCGCCCCUGGAAACCAUGGCUUGGUCUAUCGCGCAGACGUCCCCGACUCGGGUGCUGCAUCUCAGCCACAAGACAAAGACAAGGCCGCCACCGUCGAUGGAGCUGCCACCCAUGAAACGCGUUACAAGCUGCAGGCCAUGAAAUGGGGCCUCAUCCCCUUCUGGACAAAGAGAUCGCCUGACUAUGCCACCAUGAUGCGCACCAUCAACUGCAGAGACGAUUCCCUCGCCACUUCGGGCGGUCUCUGGAACACCAUGAAGCAACGCAAGAGAUGUAUUGUCGUAUGUGAAGGCUUCUACGAAUGGCUCAAGAAGAACAACGGCAAGGACAGAGUCCCUCACUACGUCAAGAGAAAGGACGGCCAACUCAUGUGCUUCGCCGGUCUGUGGGACUGCGUCCAGUACGAGGGUCAAUCGGACAAGCUCUAUACCUACACUGUAAUCACCACCGACUCGAAUAAACAGCUCAAGUUUCUACACGAUCGCAUGCCUGUCAUUUUCAACAAUGGCUCGGACGAUCUCAAGACUUGGUUAGAUCCUGCCAGAUCAGAAUGGUCUGUCGAAUUACAGUCGCUCCUUAAGCCCUUCGACGGCGAACUUGAGUGCUACCAAGUCGACAAAGCUGUCGGCAAAGUCGGUAACAACUCUCCGUCCUUCAUCGUUCCUAUUGACAGCAAAGAGAACAAGAACAACAUCGCAAACUUCUUCGGAAAUCAGAAAAAGCAAGCCAAGAGCGCCAACGAGGAGAGCAUAGUGAAGAAACAAGAAGAAGAUUUUGAUGCAACCAAUGGUCAAGUCAAGCAAGAGUCUGAUGAGCAUCGUGCGACUGUCAUCGAUGCUCACAACACCGAAGACAACGCACCUCGUCCUCAGGCCAGUGAGGCUCCAGAACACAGCGAAUCGACUGCGGUCAAACGUGAACAUUCGCCUGAUACUGUUGAUUCUCAAGAGCCGUCGUCAAAAGUCCAGAAGUCAGAGGGUGGCCAGAGAUCUACCAUUCGCUCUGGCAGUGGCCGCUCCAUGAGAAGCUCCGUCACAAACAACACUCAAGCUAAGUCACCACCCAAGGCCCAGGAUGGCUCUCAGAAGAUCACAAAUUUCUUUGCCAAGUGA